AUGGCCGUCGUGCGUGAUCCAGCUUUCUGGAAGCGCUUCUCCACCGCCGUCCACCUGGACGACAUGUCGCGCGCUGAGAAAUCGCAGCUGCCCAAUCGAGAGCGAUCAGAUUCUUGGCUGGAGCGUCAGAAUGCAAAGAAAUCUCGUCGCACAGUAAUCUGCUUCGUCUUCUGGAUCUGCUUCCUCGCUGUGGCGGCCGGUAUCGUCGUCAUUCUGGUAUGGCUCAAUGCAACUGGUAGGCUUGCCAAGGACAAGAAUGCCACGUGA